AUGCCCAAAAGGAAGGUCAGCUCUACCAAGGGGGUGGAGAAGAAGGAGCCCAAUGGAAGGGCAGCGAGGUUGUCAGCUAAAUCUGCUCCUGCAAAAUUGGAAAUGAAAUCCAAAAAGGUGACAGGAAAGGAUAAAUCUGCAGACAAGAAAGUGCAAACAAAGGGGGAAGGCAAAGCAAAGAGAAAACAGGCUGAAGUGGCUAACCAAGAGACAAAAGAAGCCUUACCCGCAGAAAACGGAGAAACUAAAAAUGAGGAGAGCCCAGCCUCUGAUGAAGCAGGAGAGAAGGAAGCCAAAUCUGAUUAAUAUCAUAUCCCAUGUCUUAUCAGUGUUCCCUGUCUCCCUCCUUGUACAAUCCAGAGGAAUAUUGUUAUCAUCUAUUUUGUAAAUGCAAGUUUUUUAGUAGCUCUAGAAACAUUUUAAGAAGGAGG